UUUCCGAGCUCCAGUUCGAACCCUUUUUAGAAUUUUUGUUUCCUCCUCUGGUUAAAGGUGUUGAUUCCGAUUCCUCCUCAUCUUGUUAGGUUGGUGGUGGUGCGGUGUGGGUUAUGGAUGGCGAACGUUUUUGGUCUUGAAGCAAUUCGUCCUUCCCAUUUUGGUUUGGUGCGGCCGAUCGAUCUGAUCUGAGAACUGCGGAAGUGGUUUGAAGAUCUAGCUGAACUGCAGCAGAGAACGCUCGGGAAUUUGGUUGUAGGGUUUGGCAAAAUGGACGCUAGAGAGCCUCCGAGAUUGAGCUCGUCGCAGCCUCCCGGUGUAGUGGAGGGUCCCGGCUCCUACGGAGCUGGACUGCCGAACAAUCCGAUGGUGGCGCAUAAUUCAGCUGGAGUGAUGGAGGGCAUGCGGCUUUCUUUUAACCCCAUGACUUCACCUGCGUCGAAGCCGGUGGACUUGACCGGUUCUUUGUACCAAGGAGAUGGUUUCUCUGGAAUCAGGCAAGGUGGUCUAUUUAACAUGGGUGAGUCGGUGAAGAAGAAGAGAGGAAGGCCAAGAAAGUAUGGACCAGAUGCUGGCAUGGGUUUGGCCUUAACUCCACCAUCUUCAGCUUCGGGAUACUCUAAUAGUUCAGCCUCUGAUCCAGCAGCUAAGCGUCGAGGCCGCCCUCCCGGUUCAGGGAAGAAGCAGCAACUGGAAGCGUUGGGUGCCCCAGGGAUUGGCUUUACUCCUCAUAUUAUCACUGUUAAAAUUGGAGAGGAUAUUGCUUCAAAAAUCAUGGCCUUUUCGCAACAAGGACGUCGGACAGUCUGUAUUCUGUCAGCAAAUGGUGCUGUCUCUGAUGUAACACUUCGGCAGCCAGCAAUAUCUGGUGGAACAGUAACUUAUGAGGGACGGUUUGAGAUCAUCUCUUUAUCAGGUUCUUUCCUGCUCACAGAAGAUGGUAGCACUCGUAGUAGAAGUGGUGGCUUGAGCAUCGCACUAGCAGGAUCUGAUGGCCGCAUUCUUGGUGGCGGGGUUGCUGGAAUGCUUGUGGCAGCGACACCUGUGCAGGUUGUGGUAGGAAGCUUCAUUGCGGAAGGGAAAAAGCCGAAGCCAGAGCCAUUGAGGUGGGAACCUUCAUCAGUUCCACCUCAGAUGACUGGGUUUGGAGCAGUGGUAACAGCCAGCCCGCCAUCCGAAGGGACAUCAAGUGAAUCUUGUGAGGACCCUGGCAGCCCCACAAAUCAGAGCGGUGGCACCUGCAACAACUCCAGUCAGCACGUUCAAUCUGCGUAUCCACCUGUCAGCUGGCCUCACCCAGCAAGUCUAAACAGGCACGAACCCGACAUGAAACUGAUGCCUAACUAACAGAGCUACCGUUUGAAAUAAGAAGAAAGCACCAGGAUUUGGAUCACUGUAAUUUUAGUUGCCUCUAAUUAUUACCGCACCUUUUAGAGUGGGCCUCCGACAGACAUUCCGAGGCAUCUAACAGACAGCCCUGUUGAAAACCUAGGCUCAUGUUCUUAGGUCACUCAUGUUGUUCCAAAUUAUUUGCUUGUUGACUUGUUUAGAAUCUCUAUUUCUGCCAGUAACGAAAUGUUUAUCUUCUUUUCUUGGA